GCCAUAGGCUGCUUUGCCCCAGCAUCUAGACAAGGUGAAUCUGGGGAUCCGCCCGACCCCUCCCGUCCGCAAGCGGCAGCGCCACCUGGUGGUCUUCCUGUAGUAAUGUAGGCGCUCUUGGCCUGGGGUGGGCGCUGCGCCAGCCGGGUUGAGCCUGGGGAGGCGGAAUACGCCAGAAAAACCUAAAAUGAAGUUUACCGGAGAGGGCAGGCGAGCGAAGCCCCAGCCUGAAAGGUGAACCCUAAGGGGCGAGGGAGGGCCUUGAGGAGGAGGGGCCUGGCCAGGACGGCCCAACUUCCGUGACACAGCAAACGCUGAGAGACAAAGUCCACUUGGAUGAAUGAGAGGGGCCAUUUUGACUGUGGUCAAAGGAAAUGUCUGAUCUGGGAGCCGAGGUACCCAGGUACAGCUGCUCACCCUGGGACUAGCGGGUACUGGCCUGAGCCCCACAGUAUGGAGGGACUUUACAAGUUUUUCCUGGAAGGCGGUGGUUGAAAUGUGAGGUGCCUGGGUCCAGGUCAAAAUGUAGCUUUCUAGAGCUGGAGGGAACUCAGGACCUCUUUCAAGUUUGUCUUUUGUCCAUAUUUCUUGGUCUGGAGAGAUGGGAGGCUGGAGAAGGGCUAAAAUCUCCGCCAGGGGUCUGUGGGCAGCCACAGUCCGAGUUGAGGUGGGGAGGGGUUGUAUGGUAGGGGACUUUAAAAGUUGUAUAGGAACUUUCCAGGGAUAGUGUAUUCAUUUUUAUUCACUCACCCCCACCCGCAAACCAUGAGUCCUCCAGGAGGUAGGUGGCCUGAGGGGAGGUCUGCAAUUUAAGCUUACCCAUUUUUGUCCCUGUGCUGAGUUCUCAUUUACUCUACCGAAAGCACUUAAAACUUUCUUCUCCUCUAAAUUUGGAGUCAUUGUGGUUGUAAAGAACAGAGAUGAGAUUCUAGACCUAAGGAUAUGGGAGAGCUACCCAGGGACACUCAGGAAGAGCUGGACUUGACUAAUACUGGAAGGAGAAGUGUUACUGUGUUGGAGCCUGGAUAUAAUCUUAUGACUGCUUUUUCCCAUGUCUUAGGGUCUAAGGAUAACUCUGGGGCCAUGACUGCCAUGAUUCUCACAGACAACUCCAGAUUUCUGCAUUCUAAGCAACGGCAGGUGCCACUGGACUUACUGUGAGACCUUUUUCCUAGAGGAUGGCCAAGGGCCUCCUAAUGACUUACGCCCUCUGGGCUGUAGGGGGCCCUGCUGGUCUCCACCACCUAUACCUGGGACGAGACAGCCAUGCACUGCUCUGGAUGCUUACCCUGGGGGGUGGUGGUCUAGGCUGGCUCUGGGAAUUCUGGAUGCUCCCAAGCUUUGUUGCUCAGGCCAACAGAGCCCAGGAGCAGAGGCAGGGCUCAGGAAGGGGGACACCCCCUCUAAGUCUCAUUCGCUUUGUUGCCCAGAUGAUAGUGGGCAUGUAUUUUGGCCUUGUGGCUCUCAUUAGCCUUUCCUUCAUGGCCAGCUUCUAUAUUGUGGGCCUCCCACUGGCAGUUGGCUUAGGGGUCUUGCUGGUGGCUGCCAUUGGCAGCCAGACAUCAGCCCUAAAGAACACUCUAGGGGCAGCAUUUCUUACUUCACCUAUCUUCUAUGGCCGCCCCAUAGCCAUCCUGCCCAUCAGCUUGGGUGCCAGCAUCACAGCCCAGAAGCAUCGCCGCUACAAACCCUCAGUUGGGUCAGAGACGCUCAGCGUGCGGCUCUACCGCCUGGGCUUGGCUUACCUGGCUUUCACAGGCCCGCUGGUGCACGGUGUCCUCUGCGACACAGCUGUCACCCUCAGCUAUGCGGCAGAUACUCUCGGCUCCUUCUUGAGUUGGUUCAGCUUCUUCCCCCUCCUUGGGCGCCUUUUGGAGUCUGUACUCCUUCUGCCUUUCCGAGCCUGGACGCUGCUGGUAGGAGAUCAUGGCAUCAACAGCAGCUACUUCCAAGAGUGGGAGAAGCUCUAUGAGUUUGUUCACAGUUUUCAGGAUGAGAAGCAUCAGCUGGCUCUCCAGGUUUUUGGUCUCUCAGAGGGGGCAACAAAAGAAGAAAUACAUGGCAGGUACCGGGAGCUAGUGAAGACCUGGCACCCUGACCACAAUCGGCACCAGAUGGAGGAAGCUCAGAGGCGCUUCCUGGAGAUCCAGGCUGCGUAUGAAGUCCUGAGGCAGCCCAGGAAGCCCAGGGGAUCCUGGAGGAGCAGUGCUACAAUAAAUACCUUUAAUCGUGUACUGGGACUUCCCUGGUGGUCCAGUGGUUGAGAAUCUGCCUGCAAGUGCAGGGCACACGGGUUUGAUCCUUGGUCCAGGAAGAUCCCACAUACCUCAGGGCACCUAAGCCUGUUUGCCACGACU